CCGGCGCCGAGAUAAGCUCAGCUGGGCGCAACGCUGCGCUCCACUUCCUGCGCCGGCACCGGGAGCCGCCCAGAGACAUCGCCUCCGCUCCAGGUGAAAUCCCUCCUUCGCAACGAUGCCAGGCACCUGCGAGGCCCCGGGGCGGACGCCCAGCCUGGUGACCUUGAACGUCGGCGGAAAGCUGUACAGCACCACCCUGGACACCCUGACCCGCUUCCCAGAUUCCAUGCUGGGCGCCAUGUUCCGCGGCCCCCAGCCGGCCCUCACCGACAGCUGCGGCAACUACUUCAUCGACCGCGACGGCAAAGCCUUCCGCCACAUCCUCAACUUCCUCCGCUUCGGCCGGCUGGACCUGCCCGAGGGCUACGCCGAGCUCUCCCUCCUGCGGGCCGAGGCGGACUUCUACCAGAUCCGGCCGCUCCUGGAGGAGCUCCGGCGAGUCGAGGCGGAGCGCUGGCGGCAGAGGAGGAACGCGGUGCUGCACGCCGACGUGGACGUGCGGAAACGCCUGCUGCACUUCAACAUCCGCCGCGGGCCGCAAAACUACGAGCUGAGCUCCAGCUGCCUGCACAUCUUCACGGCCAACGUCUUCUGCACCGACAAACACUUCCUGGCCCUGCUGCGGAGGCGGCUGGGCCAAUUGGGCGGCGGCGUGGAAGAGGGGCAUUCUGGGAAGGGUGUGGGGCAGUCCUCAAGGAGGAUGGACUCUCUCGGCCGGCCGGACACCACGGCGAGGGAUUCCAUUGUCAGCAACGGAGAUUUCGGAGGGCAGAAGCGGCGGCUGAGCGGUUCGGGAACCAGCGGCGAGCUGAGCAUUUGGCCAGGCGACUCCACGGACGAAGACGAGGCGGAAUCGGACGAGGAGGCGUGGGACUACUCCCCGGUGGGCACCAAGACGUGCCACCACCUUUGCCUGGAGUGGGCGCCGUGCCCAGCUGAGCUUCCGGUGACUGAGUACGCCAAGCAGAAGCUACAGCCUCUGACGGUUGGCGGGAGGGAGGUCCGUACGGGCCACGAGUUCCUGGAGGAGGUGCUGAAGGUGGCGCUGGCACAAGGCUUCCGCGUGGAUUCCGUCUUCCCCGACCCGGCGGAUAUCCUGAAUGCCCGCUCUUUGCGGUUCGUCCGGCACUGAGCCUUAUAACCAAAUGCCGGGGGCAGGGGGGAGGAGCAGCAGCGUCGUGGAAAGAUCAGCGCCGUCUUAAAGGAAGAUGGAGAUGGGAGAGCCUGCCAGAUCAGGCCAAUUGCCCACCUAGUCCAGCAUCCUGUUCUCAGAGUGGUCAACCAACGGGAAACUCACAAGCAGGAUUUGAACCCAAGAUCCCUCUCCCCUCCUGUGAUUCCCAGCAGCUCGUAUUCAGAAGCAUUUGCUGCCUGCAAACGAGAGGCCUCUCCUCUGUGAAUUUCUCUGAUUGUCUUUCAAAGCUGAUCAUCGCCGCUUCCUGUGGGAGGGAGUUCCGCAGGCCAGCUAAGCACUGCCUGGAGGAGGACUUCCUUUUAUCUGCCCUGCAUCUUCCGACCUUCAGCCUCACGCCAUGUCCGCGAGAUCUAGCGUUAACGAGAGAGGGGGGAGACCUUCUCUCUUUCCCCGCGCCAGGCAAAAUCUUAUAAACUCCUAUCAUGGUUGUUCAAACUUGCCUAAUAAUAAUAAAUAAUAAAAAUAAUAAUUCAUUAUUUAUACCCCACCCACAGGGCCAGAUUUAGGUUUGAUGAGGCCCUGAGCUACUGAAGGUAAUGGGGCCCUUUAUAUGUCCAGCUGUCCUUUGUCAACAACAAAUUGUCACUGUUUUUUGUGUUGAAUAUAUAUGGUCAUUUAUGGACCACAUAGGUUUCUCAAGCCAUUUGCCCAUGUUGCCCUGCAACCCGUCCAUGCAGAAUGUAGGCACUCUAUAUAUAGAAAGGAGAAAACCCGUGAUAUUUUAGGGAGCAGGCUAGCAGGCGGGACCCCUGACUUGCACCAUAGGAGCCUACACAACACAAAACACUGUUGCCGUCUGUAGGUUUUAUUUUACCGUUUUUUAUCUUAUGUUUUGGAAAUGUACAUCCAGGUGUUUUUUCCCCUUUAAAUUUUUUUGGGGCCCCCAAGAGAGUGAGGCCCUAAGCUAUAUAGCUUGUUUAGCUUAUGCGUAAAUCCCUAUAUUGCCCGCCCGUCUGGCUUGGUUUCCCCAGCCACUCUGGGCAGUUUCCAACAAAAUAUAUUCAAAUACGUUAAAAGAUCAGUCAUUAAAAACUUCUCUAAACAGUUACAGGUAGGUAGCCGUGUUGGUCUGAGUCGAAGCAAAAUAAAAAAAUUCCUUCAGUAGCACCUUAAAGACCAACUAAGUUUUUAUUUUGGUAUGAGCUUUCAUGUGCAUGCACACUUCUUCAGAUACACUUGAAACAGAAGUGUCAGACCCUUAUAUAUAUACAGAGGCUGUUUUAUUACAGAGAAAUUUCAGGAACAGACUGGAAAGAGAAGUUGCUGAAUUGGAACUCAUUACCAAGCUUAAAACCAUGGAGCCACCUGGGAUGAAUAAAGACAUCGGAUUCUUAUCUCAUUAUGCAUGAUCAAGGUUUCUUUAGCGCCUCACCCCUUCUCCCCCCCCCCCAGGACUAAUUGCUGUCAUCAGCAGUCGUUAACAGCCAUCUACAGGUUUACCACUCCCAUCAGCCCAUCACCCAUUCCCACCCACCCCCACCACCCUCUGUAUAUAUAUAGGGUCUGACACUUCUGUUUCUAGUGUAUCUGAAGAAGUGUGCAUGCACACGAAAGCUCAUACCAAAAUAAAAACCCAGUUGGUCUUUAAGGUGCUACUGAAGGAAUUUUUUUAUUUUGCUUCUCUAAACAGGGAAACUAAAAAGCCCUAAACGCUACAGCCAUUCCUCAUCAGGGAGUUGUUCCAUUCCCUUGACCGUUUGGGUUGGACCUUUCCCAACUCGUAACAAUCUCCGUUUUGAGGCGAGCUGACCAGAACUGUGCAUGCCUUGUUCCAAACAGGGGGAGAGAUGGGGGUGAGGUGUGUCAAGGCAAACACUGAGCCAUUCUGGCUCUCCUAUCGGCGUCUUGAGAUCGCGGGGUGGUUGCAGAGUGGUACCUCGGAGAGGCCAGAUGGCCGACGGAGAGGUUGAUCUUUGUCCUUCUGGGCUGACAAGCAGGCUAUUGUAUUUUGGGCUGCCGGCUCCCAGAAUGCCAGCCUUUGUUAUGGGUCUGGGCUGUGGGGAGCUCAGUUCAAUGGGGCUCACAGUCUCUCUCUGGUCGAGAUUUCUUUUAUUUCAUUUUGCUAUGUGAGAGAACGGCCACGACAACAGAUGGACAUUGAAAGGUGGAAAACAUUCCAGCUGUAAAAUAGGCACACAGAAUGAGUAUCGUUGCGCGUGGGUUUGAAUAACAAAGUGAAGAAUAUCUGUGUUGCCCAAUUAUCAAAUUCAGUUAUAUGAAAAGUGUCUGGAGCAGCCCUCAGCUUUGAGUCGUCAGACAGACUACAAAUCCUAUCAUUCCUAGCCAGAGAUGAUGGGGGUUGUAGUCCAAGAACAUCUGGAGACCUGAAAGAAAGGCUCCAGUCCUUGUUGAAAUCUCAAAUUUUCCCUAUUUUUUUCUGUUAUGAUAGCCGUCUUCCAGAGGGAGUGUCUCUGGGGCAAGAUUUGGGACUGUUUUCUGUUGAGUUGCAAUUCCUAUUUGUGCUGCCCAGGUCACAAAUAUAUAUAUUUUGACAUCUUAUCUCCAUCUGUGUCAUCAAAAAAUAGUACUGUUUUGGGCAGCAAACAAUUGUUUCUUUAGCAGUAUUGAUCAUUUCGGUAUAAAUUAAAUUCCGAAAGUCUUCCCACCAUAAGUGAUCAUCUGUGCCAAGUUUAUUGCAUCCCUUCUGGCAGUAAUGGAAGAAAACAUUUUUGUCUUUUGCAAAGGAGUGCAAUAGCAUCUGUGUGGUAAUUUCAAAGAGUUUUUCCUAAGGCAACUGGAAAUGAAUUUUAAGGGUUGUAGUCCUGCUGUUUUUUGGACUACAACUCCCAUCAUCCCUAGCUAACAGGGCCAGUGGUCAGGGAUGAUGGGAAUUGUAGUCCCAAAACAGCUAGUUGGCCAAGUUUGGCCAACACUGGGCUAGAUCAACUCUACAGCUCUAUGAUUCCCAAAGUUUAACAGUCUCCUUUUUAUUUUA